AUGUCUCUUGAGCCAGUGUGGGCCGUGAAAUGCCCGACUAUUACGGUGGUGGUAUCGCGACUCGAUGGUGCUGUGCUUAUGUUACCUUCCAAGAUGCCACUUAUUCUGGAGGGCUUUGGUGGCUUGCCGACAGAGGGGAAAGCCUUGCUUUUGGUGGGCUUUAAGGCUUGGUUCCAGGGGCCACCUGCUUGUGCCCAUCAGGCCGGCUGUCGCACGAUGCCGCUGACUGCGUGUUUGGAGCGGGAUUUUGGCAGGGCCUGCCUUGCCUGCUGGCAGCCGAAGGGUUCUCUUGAGGGCUUUCUUGAUGCCGGGUUCCAGCUGAUACAUGUAUCAUCGCAGGCGGUCGUCAGGGCAGCUGCAGCCCCACCGCCGGCCACUGCACAGGAGGCCAGGGAUCACCUGAGUUCGGCAGCUCUUGCCAUUGCACUGGUGGCCCAUAAGCCUUUGGUGGGUUUAGUGGUUGGGGACUUUAGUGAGGUUACCGGUGUCGCACUUGACAUCCAGCCGGGAUGUGGAUCGACCCAAACUCCCCAGGGACUUCUCCUUUCCACUCUGCUUCGAGCUGCUUUCUUGAUGCAAGCGCCACUCGUUGUGUUAGCCGCGACCGAAGGGGACUGGCAGCUUUCGGAGGUCGCAGGCAGCCUGAACACGUUUGUCCUGCAGACAGGAUACCUGCCAAGCUUUACGACCACCCCGAGUGGACCGUGGGUCAGCCAUGGCCAGCCGAAGCGAUGGGUUGUUUUGGCAUCUCCAGAGUUGGGGAAGGUGCCGCUGAAGCAGUGGCCUCUUCGGCAAAGUAUGCCUCCCGGUGGCCUGGGGCAGCAUGUUGCCUUGGCUGACACUGAGAAGGCCCAAGCUCUGUGGGUGAUGGGCCAGAUCCGAGUUCAUCUUGCCGCACUCGGCCUCCAUACGACUGAGGGAAAUGAUGCCUUUGAAGCUCUGCAGAGCGCCUGUCUGGAUCCCGCUGACCAGCAGGCUCCCCUGCCCGACCAUGGAUCGGAUUGUGGCGAGGUAUUGGGUACUGAGGUGACGGCGAGUUGUGCAGGCACCCUGAGGGAAAUUGCCCUGGAUCUUCCCCUCUCGUGGCACUCGCCGGGGUCGCCACCUGAUGUGGCACAGCAGGUCCUUCUUGGUGGCACUUCACCACCGGGGGAGCUCCUCCAUGCUUGCGAUUGGGUCCCAGCAGGGACCGAGCUGCUCCUCAUUGCUUGUGGCCCGAAGCCACCGAACACUCAGGCAGGCUGGCCCGCCAUUCGCAUUCCCAAGAAUUUGGGCACCAAUAUGGGUGAGGUACCUGCCGAGGUGCGGCUCGAAGCCCUCCGGGGGCAGGCGCAGUGGCUGGCUGAUGACCAGAUCAGUUUCCUCCUUGACGUCUGUGCUGAGGAAAGCGGUCGGGCUAUCCUAGUGGUUGACCCGCUGCUGGCAAGUGCUGCUCUUCACAAUUCCAGCCCUGCUCCCUUUGAGGAGGCUUUGGCUGAGUGCCCGGCCUGGGCAGAGGCCAUUACUGUUGCAUGGCACCUUGGCCACUGGAUUGCGUUCCAUUGGAAACGGGAGGGCAGCAAUAUCCUGGCGUGGGUCAAUGCCUUUUGUUUUGCAGGAGGCCCCACAAGGCCCGCUGAGCCUGGUUUCUGUGGCUACUUUGCCUUGGCUGAUCUCCGGGCCCGGCUGCAUUCGGCCGCCUACCUCACCUCGACCGAGGCUGUUCAGUCGAUUGGGAAUGCUCUUGGGCCUUUUGUUGCCGGGCUUGAUACUCGUGACGGGGUCAGGUUCCCUUGCUUGCUGGGUGGUGGCCCUCAUGUGCUGCUGGAAAGUGGGCUUUCUGCCAUCCUUCGUGAACGAGGCGUCCCGGAAGAUGCUGUUGAAGCCAGGGUCCAUGAAGCUGUGCAGCGAGUUGGUGCCCCUCAGCUCCAGCAGGCUAUGCAGUCCUCAAAGCAGUGGCAAGAGCUCAAGGCUGUGUGCAACAACUGCUCGCCGCCCUUUCAACUCGUCCUGCCCUCGGAACUCAGGGGCCUGGUUGAGGCCAAACUUCGGUCCGGUGAAACCCUGGGGCCCCGGCGCAAGACCAAAGGCCAGCCCAAGCCGGGUUCUUCUGUUGCUGGCCCUGUGGUCCCGCAGCCCCACCAGGUCAUCAUCCCGGAAGCGGAGUUUGAGCAUGAUGGCAAUCCGCUUUCGCAGAUCUCUCUCAGGGAGGUCGGCCCAGUGGCCACUGGCGUGGUCGCCCUUUCAGCUGCUGAAGCCCAGGCCUACUUGUCCAUUGCAGUCUCGUCUAAGGCCCUGGGACUUUUGGUGUUCGGCCAGGUCGACCUGUCGGUUGCUACGGUUAAACACGAGAAGGUCCGAUUCCAGGCCAAAUGUGUGACGACCGAAGGCCCAAUGUUGCUUACCGCCGUUCUUCUCCAGAUUGGUGACCGGUUUGUGCAGAAGCGGGCCCCUGCCAAAGUCGAGACUCUGGAGCUCCCGCCUUCCUCCAUCGUCCGGGUGGCAAUCUAUAGGCACGAAUGGGCAGGGCCUUGGUCGCUUGUCCAACAAAAGCCAAUCCGCGCCUUGCUGGAGGCUUUGCUUGAGGUUUGGGGCCGUUCCUACGUGUCGGAGUCGAUGCGGCCAGCCUCGGCUGAGGCAGCUUUUGUUUUCAAUGCUUUUCUGCGUGUCCCAGCUGGCCUGCUGGAAACCUUGCUGGGCUUUUCGGGGGGAGGCGGCAUCUACUUUGAGCCCAGAGGCGAUGAAGCCCGGCAGCAUUCGCCCCUCUACUCGGUUGCCUGGAUGCCAAAGGCCACUAGGCAGGAGGUCACCCUCGCCAGGCAAUCCACACCACAGGCCCUUGGCAUUGCUCGGAUUGGUCAGCGAUUUGGGGUUCGCAGCAAGGUUGAACAUGCGGAGGAGGUCCAUUCCCUUCUCAAGCCCGCCUCCACUUACUUCAAGCAAGAAGGGGCACUCACUUUUCAUGCAGGGCCCUGGCCGUAUGGGAGUCAGCGAGGAGCCAUUGCUAAGGUCCUAGAGUCCUGGGGCCAUCUGGUGAUGGACAGUGUGGUGGGCCAUCAAGGCCGAGAGAUUCUGGUUUCAGAGGCCAAGGCCAAGCCCGGGCCCAAGGGUCCUGUGCAGGAGGUCCUGGUUGCGCUUUUUGAGCAGCAGACUGCCCGAAUCGAAGAGUUGCUGGGGCCGAAGCGCCAACGGCAUGAGUGCUGGGCUGAUGCCUUCCACUUGGGGCUUUUGGCCAUUUUGCUUUCGUUUCGAUUUGGGUUACAUGUGGCUUCUUUCCUUCUCGGGUCCACCUGGAUUUUGGGUGCGGCCAUCUAUGGUCUUCCUGUUGCCCCGGCGGCGACUGAAACCUUGCUGCAGGCGGCUACCACCCGGGUGGUCCUGCAGGGUCAGGGGCCUCGUUUUCUGGCUGGCGAUUUUAAUCUUGAGCCCGAGGCCCAACAGCUGGCCCCGUUCUGGGAGCAACAUGGCUUCCUCGAUGUUCAGGACCUUUGGCACAGGCGCUGUGGCCAGCUGCCACAGGUUACUUGCAAAGCUUCAACCCGCAAGGAUUUCCUUUAUGUCUCUGCGGAAUUCCACCACUUACUGGAACAGGUCACUGUGGACGACACCUGGUUUUGUGAUCAUGCUGUAUUGUCGGCCACCUUCCGACUGCAAGGGCUACGGCAGCCUUGUCCGAUUUGGCGGAUGCCCCGCCCUCGGCAAUUGCCUUCCGACAUGCAGCUUCCUCUGCCUGCCUGUGUCUUCCCUGCUUUGGCCCCCGAUGGCGAUCCUUCUCAAUCGUACCGCCUGAUCUGGGAGCACUAUGAAAAUCACCUUUCCCACUGUCUCCAGCUCGCGGGCAACCGGCCCCUUUCAAAGUCUGAGCGUGGCCGGGCCGAAACAACUGAGGUCACUGUGGUGGUGCGCCAGGCCACCGUUGUGCCGGUUGGCCGCCACGGGGAGGUCAAACCUGCCUUUGUGGGCUCUGAUCGUGGGUAUGCUUUAUGGUUUCGGCAGCUGCGUAGGUUGCAAGCCCUUGUCCAAAGUUUGGCUAAGAGCUCUCCCACGGACACGGCUGUCGAGUACCGGGCUGGACUGUGGCAUGCCAUCUGCCGGGCCCCCGGCUUCUUUCCCAACUUUCGAGCCUAUUGGCCUACUCGCUCUGUUGUCUCUGUUGGUGACCCUGCCGUGGUCCCGGUGGGCAUCCCUGGCUUGGCCACUGCUAGGGCCUUGUUUGCUGCCUUCCAGGCCAAUGUCAAUGCGAUGGAGAAACAUCUCCAAAAGACCCGUAAGAGGGAGGCCAAGGCGCGAAGGGCCAAGGACCCCAUGAUGAUCUUUCGUGACAUAGGGUCAGGCCGAGCGGCUCCUGUUGAGUCUAUCGUUGAGGGUGUUUCGGCCAAGGUCUCUGCUGUUGACCCGGCGUGUGGUUCGGUGGGCUUUGCUGCUGAUGUGGACUGGCAGGCCGAUGCCGGUUUCCUGUUGAAUCAAAAGCCAGUCGAGGUUCACCAUGCGGAGCCUGACAUGCUGUGGGGCGAUUUCGCCCUGGCCAAGGUGGGGGAUGUCAUUUCUCAGCAAACCCCGACUGCAAGCCUGCCUGCCCUGUUCCGGGCCUUUGGGGACCAUUGGACUCGUUUCUGGCUAAAGCACGAGCAGGUUGACCCUGAUACUUGGCGCCGGUUGGUUGCCCUUGAGUCGUCUCCUGCUGUUGCCCCUUACGAGGCCCUGCCUCUCACGGUUGAAGGGUGGCGAGAAGCUGUUCGUGCCAAGCAUGCCUUUUCCGCCACCGGUCCCGAUGGUGUUUCUCGGACCGACCUCCUGGCCCUGCCAGUGUGUCUCACUGAGCAGAUGAUUGCCCUUUGCCACCGGGCCGAAAGCACCGGUUCUUGGCCACGGCAAAUGGUUGAGGCCUCUGUCACUGCCGAAAAGAUGGAAGGGGCCACUGUCACAGGGCACUACCGCCCCAUCUGUGUCCUCUCGUUUCCCUACCGGGUGUGGGCUUCCAUACGGGCUAACCUCCCGGGCAAAACCGCGGGAGCGGUGUGGUGGGCCUUGCAAUUAGAAAUUGAGGAGGCCGCCAUGACGGGCCGACCACUGGUGGGGGCCUUCCUGGAUCUCUCCAAGGCCUUCAAUACCCUGCCCAGAGCACCGGUGUUUGCCCUUGCCCUCCAUUACGGGGUGCCUGCCAAGGUUGUCAAGGCCUGGUCCGGGGCCGUGCUCUGA